AUGCUCGUGGUGCAGUGGAAAAUCUGUGUGAAGUCCACCUUCAUCGAUAUCGAGGAGAAUUGCCCAAAGCCACUACGCUCCAACAGCGAGCCGAUCUUGACAGCGAAGCACGAUAUCAAGGAACGUGGCCCCAUUGAGAUUUCAUCGGCUCCUUUGAAAAGCAACGAGGUGCUGUGCAGGCAUUUGGACAGCGGCUUGGGCUUGGGAGGCGAAGCGGAGCCUCCACAGGACGUGGCCGACGUGGCCGACGUGGUGGACGUGGUCGACGUGGCACUGGCGCCAGAGGACGAUGGAGAAUCAGAUUCAGGUCGUUAUAGCAAGGGCACACGAGGUCAUCCUGAAGUUUGCAAGCGGCCCUGUGUGCACUUUUUUGCCCGGGGAUGCGCGCUUGGCGCAUCCUGCAACUACUGCCAUGCGGAGCAUCCCAAGAGGCCCAUCAGUUUGGACAAAGCCCAAAGGAGGCUAUUAGGAAAAGUCGAAGAGCAGCACUUGCUCGAAAUUGUUUUGGGUCAAUUGCGAGACAGGGCUGAGAGGAAAGGAUUCUACAAAGAAGCUGGACACAUUCUCCAGAUGUUGGAAGAGCGCUGGACGCUUCUACACAAUCCAGACUUGCCAGCCUCUUGGUCUCCGGGUGAGCAGCAGACUAUGCGACGAGUUUUGGGAAAGAUGACCUUCGCAGGGUUGGUUGGCCUAGCUCUGGCCAGGUCUUCUGAGCCAUCAGACAAGUACUCCCAAGACGUGAACGGCGCUUUGGAACAGCUACGACAGGCGCUGCCAACCAUCGUCGAGGAUUGA